CCUGGUUCCUAUAAACAACAUGGAGGCAAAUCAACAGUGAACUGCACAUUUCCUAGCUGAUCUUACUUCGAUAUUCUGAACGAUUGAGAAAUCGAAUGAAUAUUAUUUUCAACAAAAAAUGUGUUCAGCAAACAAUCACGACUCAGUUUUUAGGACAUCGUGAAGAAACCGAGUAGUUCAAAUCUAUCCCGAAGUUUGUUGAAAGAAGAUUUCUACUGUAAUAAUAAAACCAUGGACAGUAACAAGACUCAAACGUUAUCCAGAAACCCAACCAGGUAAGAAAAAUUAAUAAUUCAAUGUCAUUAAUUAACGGCGAGUGUAGAAAACACUUAGAAAUUGCAUUGAUUUGUCAUUCUGUCCAAGGGCUUUAAUUACUGAUGGUCGUCCGGGUGAGAGUGGUCCUGAGAAGAACUGUUGUCCAACUUCGUGAAUGACAUUUUGGUAACCUGAGUGGAAUCAUCAUCGACUUUGAUGAUGAUCUCCGCCAAGGUUGUCGAAACGUCAGUCACUUCUACCGACAACAGUCGUCCUUACCUCACGGCCACUCUCAACCGAACGAUCAGGUUACGCGACAAAAUGUUACCACAGGGUUGAAACCAUUACUUAACAAGGCUUUUUGAUAACUUCGGAUACAUUUCCCAGCCAACCUUUUUCUCGAACAUAAAAAGUUUUGAUGUCCUCAUUCGAGGUGAUAGGUUUUAAGUCCCAGUUAGGGGGCAAGAAAUCCAAAUCAGAACAUUCUUUCUUGAUAAUUAUCAAGAUGAAAGUUCAUGAAGUCUUACUUUUUCCAUUAGGACAACUCAGCUGAUAUUCCAGCAUGUUAACCCUUUUACCCUAACAUCAGUAUGCAUGUUCUCCAUACUAUUAUUUUCACAUUUCCAGUGUUGCUGAAAGGGAGAAUCUGUUCCCUUGUCAAGAGCUUCACUAGUUGGCAAUCAUUUCUUUUAUUCUAAUGACCUAAAUGUUUUUUCAGCAGUUAUACUGUAAGGAGAAAUUAGCUACCAAUCACUCUUAGGGGUCACAGGAUUAACCUGAGUUUGUAACAUUCUUUGUUUAAAUCAGAAUGAAAAAAUCACCCAACUGAGCCAAGAGGUCUGUCCUUAAAUGGCUCAGUUGAAUAGCUUGUUAAAUAGGUGAUGUUUCUCAGCUAAUCCACUGAUAAUUUUUGCAACAUUUCUUUGGUAUAUUUACAGUAUAAAGAUGUAUUUAGCAACUUUUUUAUUUGAUAAUCUUUUUAAGGAAACAUCUACAGUCUACAUUUCCACCAAUGAUAGUGGACUACAUGUCAAGUGAUGAUUUAUCAAAACAUCUGGAUCGACAAAUGUCAAUUCAUGCUGAAAAAUAUAGGGAACCAGAACAAGAUGAAGAGAUUGAUGAGGUACAUGUACUAAAGCAUUAAAUCUCUUUCUUUUCUUUUGGGCCCUGAAAUAAAUAUAGUUAUGUCAUUUAUUGACAAAAAUUUUACAUGCAGGAUCUAAAAAUGUAAAAGAAGAAUGGUGCCUAUUUGAGCAUGGGCUCUUAUUCAAGGAAAUACAGUCUUUGAAAACCAGGAGUGUUCAAUUUUGGCAGGAGUGUGCUAUGAGGCGUGCAGAGGGAUUGUCACCUGUUAAUGUUAUUUUCACUCAUUUGGAAAUUGUAAUUUAAAGGUGAAAGAAGAGAAGAAGAUUAAAAGGAAAGCCAGUAAGCUCAAGAAACUGCCAUCUCACCAUGGAAUGAUUCUUCAGGGACCUAAUCAAAAACUUCAACAGAGUAUGACAACAGUACAGGAUGAAGAGGAAGAAGAGGUGGACGAGGAGGAGCAGGAAAAUAUCAGAAAGAUGAAAGAAAAGGUAAUUGCUUGAAAUAAACUGCCAUUGACUGUAUUAGUUGAUAUUGUAAUUUUAAUUAAUUAAAAUAAUUAAAAAUAAAAUAAUUAAAAUAAUUAAUAUUAAAAUAAUUCCAUUAAUUUAUAUCACAUUACUGUGUAUUGGCUCAUAAAGUUAUUGGGACUUUCAAGAAAUGUGCAUAUGUGGUGAUUACAGUUGUCUUUACAUUUUUAGGAGCAUGAUGAAUUAGUACAAGGUCUUCUGUUAUUACGUGACUAUUACAAAGCAGAAUACAAAAAAGCAUUGCAGGAUAAAGUGGAUCAGCAAAGAAAAAGCCAACAACAAAGGAAGCUUAAACAUGACGAAGAAAUAAAAGCUGCAGAACAUCAACAGGUACAGCUGUACAUGUAUGUAAGAUUAACUACACUUGGUUCAAAUUCUAUAUGAUGUUAACUUUACAUUACCACCCAGAUUGUUUAUGAUACUGUGGAAUUCCAUGAAAAAUAGUAUAUGUAUGUAUAAUUCAACUGCAUUCAAAUUCUAUCCACAGGAAGAAAUGCAGCAUAAAAUUGUUCGUAAGCUUCCAAGAUCCAUUGUCAUCAAUGAUGUCCAGUUCAAUAAGGGUUUACAAACAGACUUUUACAAAGUAAGUAAAUCUAGAAAACACUACACAUACAUCGAAGUGAUAGAGUGGGCAUAAGCUCAGAGAGUAACAGACGUCAGUCUAUUUUUCAAAACUCUUCAUGCUUUUGGUUUUUUGUUUUUCUCCAGAUGAUCAGUCUUGAAAACCAAAUGAAGAAGGAAGGAUUGCUAAACAAGAACCAUGAAAUCAAAGAAUUCUGGGACUUUAUCAUUGUGCCAGAAAAUUUAGAAGAAGUCCUUGAAGAUGGUAAAUGUUUGAUAUGAAGUUCUCACAUAUGAAUGUGAUUAAUCUUAUUUAGUUUCUAGGCAUUUCUAAGAUGCCACUGUUACACAUUACUGUAUAUAAAGAAAUUUGAAUUCUAUAAAAUGUACCUUAAACCUUUGACCCCCAAGAGCAACCAACAUCUAAUUUCUGCUUUCUUCAUCACCCCUGAAUCACCCAUUAAGGUCACGAGAAUGAAGAAAAUGAUCACCAAAUUAACAAGAUCUUGAUUGUGAAACAAAUUCUCCUUUUCAGCACUUGAGGAAAUGUAUAGAGAACAGUAGGGAGAAUAUACUGAUCGUAGGGUCUGUAAAAGGUUAAAUCUGUAAUUUAGAAUUAAAUUGUUUUGAGCAUAAAAACCAUACUACAGCCUGACAUGUUUUAGUGUUCAAAUGAUCAUUUGAUUUUAAGUAUACAUCAUUUUGCAGGUCAACUUUCGUGGGAAAGGAUAAGAAACUACCACAAAGAACACAACAAAAAAGCAUUGCUGACUCAAGAUGAAGAAAGUGCAUCAUCUCAACAGGCAAAGAAGGACAAGCAAGAAAAAAUUUAAAGGUGCAACUGCUGUCUCGACUUGGAGGAGUACUACUCAUGGAAUUCGUACAAUACUUACUGUAAGUGCCAUUAGUGAAUUAUCUUACGCACAGUUUUCAGUCUCAGUUUCUCAACUAACUGUAAUUUUCAAACUUGUGUACUAACAAAACAGAACUAGUCAGUUACACUGUACAUUGCCAAAGAGCUCCUUUUUCCAAUUGUUGUAUUGAAUAACUUUCUUCUAACGUUAUACUUCAAGCCCUCCACUCCCUGCUCAGGUGUUACGAGAGGAAGCAGGAAGUCAAGUGCACAUGUUUCCAGUGGUAAACAGAAAGCAAAGAAGACUCCAACCCCAACAAUAAUACCAAUUGAACAAAAAUUCCCCAAGGUAAGUUGAAGGGAGUGAUUGCUUUUCAGGUAGAUAUAAAGUAAGUUUUUUUAUGAACUGUCAACAGAGAGAGUGGUACAUACCAUGCAAAGGGAGGAAAGGGCAGAUUAAGUGAUGGGAAAACACAUUAUGUAUAUGCAAGAACAUGACUUUUGGUAGAGAAAAAGACCUCUUCUCCCUAGCCUCCCUACUUCCCCCCCUAGCCAUAGUUUCUUAUACCAAGACUAGUAAUAAGAUAAUCUAUCGAUCGAAUUGAUAAAUGUACGAAGGUGUUGACGCUCGAAACGUCAGUUUUAGAAACUCUGGACGGUGUCUAAUUUCCGUGAUCAACUCAGUUAAUGUACAUAACCAAAUUACCUUGUUAUGUUUCAUGUAUGGACUGCCUGUUGUAUUGGCCGUAAGCAUGCUCAGUAAUUUCCAGCUGUAUAUGCCUAUUGGAACAUUUACGCUAGUUUUAUCAGAUCCGCGAGAAAACCAGCGUAAAAUUUGGGUUGGAAAAUACAAUUGUAUAAUCUUUGCUUUUUUCCAGUCGUGUUUCUUGAACAUUUGAUUUUCCUUUUCAUACUCAAAAGAAUUAUUAGUGCGCCUAAAUAUUUCAUGCACGAGUUAAAACAGUACCGACGGAAAAUCCGCCAUGAAUAUUGUCGUAUGUUCAACAUGUGUAUCUUCGACUCCCUCUCCAGGUUGAGUUCCCUCCAUUGGCAGCCUACAGAUUGGAGUUUGGUGAGCCAGAACCGGACCCCGAAGAGGUACAGAAUGACACAGUUCAGUUUAUCACCACAGUUUCUUUAAAAGUUUACUCCUUCUAUUCAUUUGUCCGUCUUAAUUUUAGUUGCGAACUCCGCCGACAAAAGUUGUGCUGUAAAAUUCACUACAGCUAUACAUCGUAGGAGUUCGAUUGACUUAGCCGCAUAUGUUGGUUUUCGUCCUCUUAAUUUUUAUUUAAUUUUUUUUUGUUUACUAAGGCACAGAAAAAAAUGGGAACUGUGUCAGUAGUUUGCGCACAUACCCUACCCCUAACUUAAUCGAAUUGACUGUUGUUGAGGUAAAGGAGGACGCAGUUGCUCAGAUACUGACAAAACAAUGGUCCUAAUUUUAGUUCCUCUAGAACGACAGGACAAAGAGCCUCUUGGUGAAUGUACCACUGCCAAAUACAAUUUCUUUAUUUCAGAAUUUGUUUUAUUUUGCAAAAGAACGAUACUCCUAAAACCUGGCUAACUUACAACGGUUUUUUGACAAGUUCGUGUCGUUUGGUCAAGGGCGUGCAUCUUGCCGAUCUCAGACUGCACCAAUAGGGUGAACGCAGACCAGUAGCGCCAAACAUGGAUGUUUUAACAAGUCUUAGGGUGAAUUACAUGUAGCAAGAAGCUCUGUAAGUUAGAAUAUUGUUUAGUUCCUAUACAUUUUUCCUCGUUUUUAACAGGUACGAAAGCAAGAAGAAGUUUAUAAAAGACUACAGGCAAGAAAUAGUCUUAAAAGAACGCUAAACACGAUGUUCUCACAUGCCUUGGCGAACAGAGCUGCUACUCAGAGGUAAACACGAAUCAUUUUAAUUUGAUAACGUUCAGCCGUGAAGUUGUAUUCAAAUCAAACUCUUUUUAUGAACCUUUAAAUUCCUAAGUUCUGAUUGUUAAUUCUCUCAUCUGGCUGCUCCAAAUUUUCUAGCAAAUCAGUUACGAGAGUUUGGUACUAGACCUAGAUAACCACUUCCACCUGUUAAGUUUGAGUACUCUCAUCACCUGUGUGUUGGAUAAUGUAUAGAUGAUGUAGAUUGCGUUUAUGAAAUUAUUUGUUAAUUUUUACCAGACUGAUGGACAAGAAUGAAGACUAUAAUUUUGAAAACCUUUCUGGAACUUCAAAUCUCGAUGAAGUAAGUAAAGUUACUCUUUCCGCUAACUUCGUUGUAAACUUUUAUGUCAUCAUAUGUAAUCUCAAGGCCUGGGGACCAUAGACUAGACGUAAUUGACGUAAUGUUUUCCGAUUGAUUAAGCAGUUCCCUCGAAUUCCUCAACCAAUCAUAGAACGCCGGAAGCAAAAUAAAGCCGAACCAAAUUUGGUUUGUUCAAAGAACUAUUAAAAAUGUUAGUGGUUACUUUGGCUGCAGUAUCUAACAAUUUGUUAUUUUUUUUCAAACUUAAGUUUCACGACUUGGCUGGUGUUCAGGUAAAACCCAGAACAAGCUCCGAAACGAAACAGUCGGCAAGGAUAUCCAGUGGCAAAGGUAAAGCUGACUUAACGAAAUGAAGAACAUAUUGCUUGACUGAGAUUUGGUAGUUUUUUUUUUGUUUUUUUGUGUACCAUCAUCACGGUCAGCGAGAUUAGAUUCGCUUGGUCGUGUGGUUCAAGAAACUAUAACCAUUGAAAGCGCUUUGUAUUAGGCGGAUUAUUUCAAUUUUUUAUCUAACCCUCCAAAAAAGAUAAACAGUUACGAACCAGAAAAAGAUAAUUUGUUGUCUUGUCAUCAGCGUGGGACAAAGAAAAAAUUCUGAGUCCCUAUGAGGAAUCGAACCUCAGACCUAUAGAGAUUAGAAGGUCUGAGGUUCGAUUUUUUAUGGGUACUCAAAAUUUUUCUUUGUCCCACGCUGGUGACAAGACGAAAAAAACAUCUUUCUCUAUUUCUUGACCGAGCUCAAAACUGACCAUCUCUCUUAUUCUAGUUACGAACCAGUUGCAUCUUUUUCUUCCUUUUCGUUACUCUCUUUGGAUUUUCUUUCAGGGGAAAAGUGUAAAUCCGGAAACAGUAAGAGAGCCAGCAGGAAAGCCAAGAGUCCAGAAAGUGAUAAUCCAGACGGAAGUGAACCCAGAGGUUCUCUCUCUCCUAAACAAGAGUAAGUUUUGCAUUUUGUUUUAAAUGGGUCAAGGUUUAUAUGCAAAGAAAUAGGAAAUCUGAAACAUUUAUUGCUGCUCGGAACAUAGAUUAGAUUCUCGUUGAGGUUCGAACGUCAGUUAUGCUCGAUUUCGUGUUUGGAAGUUCCAUAAAACUUUAACGGAAUUCGUUGGUGAGCCAGGCCUUGUACGAUGUUCUUAUUGUGUACGCACAGACAGACCAUCCUGUGAGUUAGAGCCCAGGUAAUAUCGAUUAUUUGAUUUUGUUACUGAUCCCAAACGUUCGUUGCACAGGUCAAUCUCGACUUGAUUCAAGUGAUUGCUGAAAACUACCAUUCAUAACCCAUCAUCCCCUAAACUCACCCUAAAUAUAAUCAGUUCACUCGCUUUGUUUGGUGGGUUUUUGGGCUGGUUAAUUACUGACCUCUUCACUGAUGCUCCUCCAGAAACAACAAUUUUGAAAGUGUCCUGAGUGGAAAUGUUUAAUUUUAGAUUGUCCUACGUAAAGCAAUUUUAUCAUUUCUUUAUUUCUAUUUUUUUUUUUUUCAUUUUUUAUUUUCAAAGCUUGGUAGUGGAGCUACCGCCGCUCACUUUAGAUCAGCUUUCCACUCGCUGCACCGUCAAGGUAAGUGUGUUUUCAAACAAUAUAAUCUCCAUUGAUUGAACUUACCUGGUCUAUCACUGGACACCUUAAGAAGGUCGACAACGAGUAAAUAGAGUCGGCGAUCGCCUUGCUAGCCUGUAAAAAAAUGGUUUUACUCGUUCAUCGCUUCUUUUCCGUGCAUAGCACAGCCUUUGCGGCGCCUCUUUUAGCUCCACGUUCGUGUAGGAAUAAACUUAUAAAAAAGAAGGCCAUAUUCUGCAAACUGACUUUGACGUGAAGAGCUUUUAACUUGCGCUGGGUUAAACGUUUGAUGACGCGUAAUUCUAACCUCAUAACCUAUUUGAUGUUGUAUGUUCUCCCGUAGGAAGCCAAAUGUCUGAGUACGUUUUGGGUCAACCCAACAGCGAAAAAAAAAACUUGA